AUGCCUUAUGGGAAGUCGCAUACGGCGGGUUAUGCAACAAGGAAUCAAAAAGCAAAGCUCGCCGCUGAUUACCAAGAAUUAUUAAAAGAACUUUCAACGACUACCAAUAUACAGUCGGUCGGCAAUUAUGUUUUAGAAAAAACGCUGGGUGAAGGAUCGUAUGGAAAGGUUAAGCUUGCAACACAUAAACUGACCGGUCGAAAGGUCGCAAUAAAAAUAAUACCAAAAAUUCAUGCCGAGAACCUCACUCGUGAAAUACAUCAUCACCGUUAUUUACAUCAUCCUAAUAUCAUAUCUCUACUCGAAGUCAUACCAACAGAAACCAAAAUUUAUAUCGUUUUGGAAUAUUGUGAAGGUGGAGAGUUAUACGAUUUUUUAGUUGUACGGGGACGCCUGAGAGAAAAUCUGGCAAGGAAAAUGUUUGGCCAGUUAUGUAGGGCGGUCAAAUAUUGUCAUGACAGAAGAGUGGUUCAUCGGGACUUAAAGCUCGAAAACAUUCUUCUCGAUUCUUAUAAUAAUAUAAAAUUAGCCGAUUUUGGUUUUACGCGGGAAUGUGAAAGUAAAAGAUUACUAGAGACAAUAUGCGGUUCAACAGGGUACUCUGCUCCAGAUGAAAUAGCCGAUGAUGAAUCAAUAUCAUCAAUCGAAGAGAAUAGUGUAAAGGAACCUAUAAAAGAAGUAACAAUUACUUCUUCAUCAAAAGACAUUCAUCUAGAUGCAACAACUUUUAAGAGUCGAAUGAAAAGUUUUUCACCUGCAGCUGGUCCUUCACCGCCCAAGGUUUUGGGUCCUUCGACGUCAAAAACGUCUCGAAGAUCCUCAAUUGAUAGUAAAGCUUUUAAUGAAAAAGUUUUCUUUACGACGCCCGAGGAAAAAGAAUUAUUGGAAAAAUUAGAAAAUUUGGGGUUGGACAUAACAGGAAUAAAAGAUAGUGUUUUGGAGGGUAAAGUUGAUUCUGCUAGUGGACUUUGGUGGCUUUUAUUGGCCAAAUUAAGAGAAAAGAGAAAAAUUGAAGGAGUACAAAGUUCUGUAACAAUGGUAAAUGUGGCAGUUGGUACAAGUGAUGAAGAAAUUGAGAUAGCGGAAGAAACUGAAGAAGAAUAUGAUUCACCAGAAAAUAGUAUAGAACUUGAUAGGUUACAAGAAGAGGAUGUGAAGGAUGUGGAUUCUAUAAAAUCUUCGGAAAAUAUAAUGUCACCUCCCACACCACCACCAAAAACAUAUCAUGCUGCCCCUGCUUCGCGUGAAAGGCGAAAGUCAUUGAUUUUAUCGCUCCCGGAGGCAGUAGAACCUGUUCUAACCACUAUUACCGCCACGGCCUCUCCUCCUCUAUCACCUAAAAAGUUUUCAUCAUUUACUAGUCCUAUUAGUUCACGAUCAGUUAGUCCAAUACCGAGUAUCAAUCCUAUGCCAAUGCCUAUAUCAAAUAGUAAAAAUGCUUAUCGAAAAAGAGGAGGGUUAUUAUCAACGAUUAAGGGAUGGUGGGGUGGUUCACAUAAUCCAAAAGAUGUUAAUAGUGCAUAUAAAAAAAAUAUGUUAAAUUGGGCAGAGAAUGGUGUGGUGGUUCCGGCUGAUGUAGCUCAUGUAAGGUCACGAAUGAACAGAAGAAGAAGUGGUAGUAAAACGCCACCAGGUUUUGAAGGUGCAAAUAGUUUUAGCCUGUCAAGAAGAUCAUCAUCAAUAAAUCGCGGUUCAUUUAGAGACAAAAAGAAGAAGAAAAUUCCAAUACAAGGUAUCAAGGGAGGGAAUAAACGUGCUACGCCUACACCUGCACCUUUAAUGAUACCUCCUGUCACGCCUUCAAUCGUUCUCUCACAAAGUUCACCUACAAUCAUGUCGCCGAUACCUGGAACGCCACCAGCGUCAAGACCCAAGACUUUGUUUACCAAAAAUCGGCGAAUUCCUUUUGCAUAUCAAGGUUCAUCACGUAAACAAGUUAAACGACGGAGUAUAAAUUCAAUAAAUAAUUUACUGGAAAAUUUUAAUACUGGUGCUGGUUCUGAAAACAUUAUUUCUAAAGAUGAACACACAAUAGAUGAACAAUUAAUGGUGGAUAAUCAUAGUAGCACUAAUCCAUCUCGAAUAUCUAAAUGUGAACAAGUAGGAUCACAAAAUGUUGAUAACCGCAAGAAAUCAGAGGAAACUUUAAUAUCAAAUUUGAGUGAUGGCGAUGAAUCAGAUGUGUUUGUUGAUGCUGCAAUAACCAUCGUGAGUCCACCUUCUUUUUCCUCACCACAAUCUCGUUCACCAAUAAGUAUCACACCUCCAAGACCUCAAUCUCAAACAACAAGCCCAGUGUCGCCACCUUUGUCACCAAUUGAAAAUGUCGUUGUUCCACCAUCAUCAUUGCAUAGCAAGAAUAACGCUCAUAAAACACAAGCUCGUUCCGAUGCAUCACGGACCUCUUUUCGAAGAGGUAAACAAUCAGAAGAAAAUGUUUCACCUAUCGAAAAAUCAAUUCCGCCCCCUACAAAGUCUGUAAUGAAUUUAAUGUCAACGCCGCCAGAGUCACCAAAAUUAUCGAAACCAACACCUUCAUCAGCAUAUUUACACCCACAAAGUAAAUAUCGUCAAAAUGCGCGCUCUUAUUCUUCACCAGCAGCUUUAUCGUUGAACAAUAUGAUGUUUUUACAGAAUAAUGGGCGAAAUACACGACAGAGGACUUACUUUAAUCAGAGUUCGAGUAUUAAUAGGACAAGUAUAGCUAAACCUCCAAAACCAGCGAUGAUUAUUGAAGAAGAGGAAGAAGAGUGA